CAUAUGUCCCGCCCCUUCCACGCUCGCGCUCCCCGUUCGGGCUGGACCCGCCUCGCGCUCUGGUGUGUCCGCGCCUCGCUGCUGCUCCUGCCUGAGGCGGGCGGGGAAGGAACCUGGGGCCCGUUCAGUGCCCAGGCUUAAACAAGAUGAAACGGGGCUCAUCUUCCAGUGGUAGCAAUAGCCGGGCCUCCCUGCUGCCCAUUAGAGUUCAGGACACAAGUAGAGCUGGUCUAUAUACACCUCAAGCAAUAGAACGAUUGAAGCUGAGCAUAUCUAAGUACACUGGUGGCUCUGAAGGAAAAACCAGCUUCUCUGUGAAAAGGACAAGUGGUUCUGGAGCGUCACGAAAUACUCCAUGGGGAUUUUUUACUGGCACAGAAAAGUUAAAGGAUCCCAGGCCACUUCAUGAUAAGACUUACAUCCAGCAGUGCAUCCGACAGCUCUGUGAGUUUCUUGUGGAGAACGGCUAUGCCCAGAAUGUCUCUGUGAAAUCUCUCCAAACUCCAUGUACUAAGGACUUUUUCAGGAUUUUUGCUUUUAUAUAUGCUUUUUUGUGCCCUUCUUAUGAACUUCCUGAUUCUAAAAUUGAAGAGGAGAUCCCCAAAGUCUUUAAAGAACUUGGGUAUCCCUUCCCAUUGCCCAAAAGCUCCAUGUACACCGUGGGUGUGCCACAUGUCUGGCCUCAUGUUGCUGCUGCACUAGUGUGGUUAAUAGACUGCAUCAAGAUCUACAGUGUCAUGAGAGAGAACUCAGAUGUGCUUGUCGAUGCUCAGUGCUGGUCAGGAGAGGGUGAAGAUGAAAUUGUAGUUAAUAAGCUACUUAUGGAAUACACUGAGAAGAGUUAUGAUCAUUUCAUGAAUGGAGGAGAUGCUUUUGAAGAGAUGGAUGCGGAACUGCAGGCAAAACUAAACAAAAUAUUUAAAGUAGACCAUUCCAAAGUGAAGACCUUAGAAGCAGAGAACAAAAGGUUGAAUGAAGAGAUUGCAAGGCUAGAGAGAGAGAGGGAAAGCGAGCCGGAUCGUCUAGAAACGCUGAGGAAGCUGAAAGCUUCGCUUCAAGCUGAUGUUGAAAAAUAUCAGGCUUACAUGACUAAUCUGGAAUCUCAUUCAGCUGUCCUGGAUCAGAAAUUACAUAGCCUCACUGAGGCGUGUGAGGAAUCAGAAUUGGAAGUUGAAUUGAUGAAGCAGGAAAAUGCCCGGCUGCAGCACACUGUUGAUAAUCAGCUGUACACAGCUGUAGACAUCGAGAGAAUAAACCACGAGAAAGAUGAGCUUCAACAAACUAUCAACAAGCUUACCAAGGAGCUAGAGACAGAGCGGCAGCAGCUGUGGGCUGAGGAGCUAAAAUAUGCAAGAGGCAAAGAGUCAAUUGAAGCACAGCUGCAUGAUUAUCACAAACUGGCUCGGAAGCUGAAGCUAAUUCCAGCAGGUUUGGAAAAUUCCAGAGGCCAUGAUUUUGAGAUUAAGUUUAACCCGGAGGAUGGACCCCAUUUUCUCGCCAAAUACAGAAAGCAGAUCAACGUUCCGCUCGUGCAUAUAAUACAUGAGACUGAAGAGGCAAUAAGGAAAGCUAGUAACAAGAAAAUCAUUUUAGAGGAUUCCUUAGAAAAGUUGAAUGUGAGGAUGGCAGAGAAGAAAAGCAACAUAAAACUGCUGAAAGAAGAAGCCCAAAAGCUGGAUGACCAUCACCAGCAGAAGCUCAAGGUGGCUGAAGAAGAGGAGGAAAAAAGUGCAGCUGAACUGCAAGCUCUAGAGAUACAUAAAAACCUAAUUGAGGCUGGAGUCCAUGAGGGCCUCAAGGAAGCUAUGAAUGAGCUACAUGAAAUUCAGAAGAAGCACCAGAUUGCUGUGAGGACAACAAAUGAAGAGAAAAUGCAACUGCUUGAUAAGUUGUACCAUGUCCUGGAGAUGGUGGCUUUUCAUGUAGGAUCUGUAGAGAAAUACCUGGCUGAGCAUAAUGCAAAAGCUGAUACAGUGUUUGAAGAAUUUAUGUCUGAAGAUCUCUUGGACAACCUGAAACAAAUCCUCGCCAAAUAUAAAAGUAAAGCUAAUGCUCUAUAACCCUUGCAUGGAGGACUUUACCUAUGCAUUUUUUUUUCUGUAGCACAAUUGUAAUGGCCAGUCCUGCAUUCCUUCCACUACUAACUCCCAACACAAUCAAUCCAAGGGUAGUUACGUAUGUACAAGGACUACAGGAUCUGGUCCACAGUGUGCUGUUUGAGAGUUGUUACUCCUAAGUAUGUAUUUAUUAAAUUCUUACAGAUGUAAACUGUGUGUGUAUUUAAAAAUAUCAAAGGUAUUUCAUAAAGAUUUUUGAUAGCA